UGAGUGUGUACAUAGCUGUAGGAGCCGUUAUGGGACCGAGGUGAGCUACAGUUUGUAGCAUAAAUAGGCAAGAGGCUUCGAGCUGAAUGGCUGGUUCACAGGAGCUAAAGCUGUUGGUGUGUUUUUAAAACUGAAGACAAUCUCAUCAAUCAAUUAACAUCAACUCAGGAAAAAAGGAAAUAAAAAAUGUACCAUGCCCAAGGGGAAGGGAGCCAAAGGGACAAAGCUGACCCUCAAGAUUGCCAAAAAGGCAAUACGAAUGACCCCAGAUGGACGGCGCCGACUCACCCUUAGUAACAUGGGGAUAACCAUCUUCCCAAAGUGUCUCCUAAAACUGACCAAUGUGGACGAGCUGGAUCUCAGCCGCAACCUGAUACAGAAACUCCCAGAUAACAUCGGCAACUUUGCGUCACUCAGAUGGCUGGAUCUACACAGCAACAAGCUGGAGUCUCUGCCCGAAUCCAUUGGCAACCUGGUGGGACUGACCUACCUCAACCUCUCAAACAACAGGCUAAUCUCUGCAGGUUUGCCCUCCACACUGGGUCUUCUCACCAGCCUGAAGAGUCUCAAUCUGGGGAUGAACCAGCUGGACACCCUGCCCUCCACUAUGAUGGCUCUGGAUAGUCUCCAAGAAUUAGGUCUGUUUGAUAACCUCUUCAUCAGUCUACCAGAGUUCCUGAAAGUCCUGCGCAACCUCACCAAGCUGAACAUCACACGAAAUCCUCUAUCGUAUGUUCAGGGGGAUGUCGAGGGGAUGCAGCAGGGAAAAUCAAAAUCAGAGGAAGAUGGCUAUUUGGUCCAUGAAAGCAGCCUGUGUAGGACAUGCCUCAAGAGAUGUAAAGAGCAGAGGGAAAGGCCUACAAGAGGAGGAGGAGGAGGAGGAGGAGAGGGAGGUGGUGACAGAUUUGAGGAAAAAAGGAUAAGGACUUAUCAAGGCCUGAUGGCGCCAAACUCAGUGGCUAUAGUCAGUCAAGACGUGUGGAGAGUAAGGAAGGUGGAACACAAGCUAAUCAAAUGACCAAACAGAGCCACAAAAGUGUUCUUAACUACAGAACAAAUAGAAUGAAUGCCACUUUUAGGCAGCUCUAAAACUUUAAUAAUAUCUGCAUAAUACAUUACUGUAUGUCCACGCAGCUAUUUCCUUGAUGUAUUUUGUCUCAGUUGGUGAAACAAAAUGAGUAAUUACUUGUAACUGUUGCUCUUGGAUGACUGUGCAUAAAAAGUGGCCCACAAUAAAAGAUUUUUCA